UCUAAUUUCUGAAACUGACGGGAACAAGAGUUCAUCUGCCUGAUGUUCAGGGAGCCAAGAAAGAAAUGCUAUGGGGUUUCUGUGCUGAAGAGACAGGCUAGUUGCUGGUGUGGGGCCACCCAGGAGAGCAAGGAGCUCAUGCUGGGAGGUCCUGAACUCCCCAAUGGUUUGCAGAAGCACAAUGAAUCCACUACGACGAGAAAUAUUCUACCAUCAGUUCGGCAACCAGCCCCGGGCCCCGAAGCCCUACCACCGGAGGAAGACCUACCUGUGCUACCAGCUGAAGCCACAGGAGGGCCCCAUAACCCGCCGAGUCCGCCUCCAAAACAAGAAAAAGCGCCAUGCAGAAAUGCGCUUUAUUGACAAUAUCAGGGCACUGCGGCUGGACCAGUCCCAGAGAUAUGAAAUCACCUGCUACCUGACCUGGAGCCCCUGCCCCACCUGUGCGGAGGAACUGGAUGCGUUUGUCCAAGACCAUCCCCACAUCAGCCUGCGGCUCUUUGCCUCCCGCCUGUAUUUCCACUGGCGCUUGAAGUAUCAGGAGGGGCUGAGGCUUCUGGAUAGAUCCAGGAUCCCAGUGGCCGUCAUGAGACUCCAGGAGUUUGAGGACUGUUGGAGAAAUUUUGUGGACAACCAGGGCGAGCCUUUCCAGCCCUGGAGCAAGCUGGAACAGCACAGUGAAAGCAUAACUCGUCGGCUUCGGAGGAUCCUUGAGCACUCCCAGAAUAAUUUAGAGAAUAACUUCAGAAAUUUGCACAUUUGAGAACCAUCGAUCCCCUACCACAUUCCUGGAGCAACUCAGUGCUUCACAAACUGCUGAUUUUAGCAGCAACUUGUGAGUUCCACGGGCACACCUGAGCCUCCCACGUGUCCGGAAAACCUUCCUUUCCUCCUUCGGUUCUUUUGUUUGUUUGU